AUCGGCGUGGGGCCCAUUCGGGCGGCCCGGAACCCCUGCCUGAAGUCCCGAGAGGCCUGGGAGAGGCGGGUCGCCCGCGGGGGCGCCGCACUGCACUGCUCAAGGGCCCUGCUUCUCCCAGUCAGCUCCCCCGCCACCCCAGGGCCUAGGAGCAGGCUCCUGCCCCUCCGGGUCCUGCGAGCUUGUGGCCCGGUUUUGUCCAGGGUGAGGUUGGCCUCCCCAUCCUCCUCCCCUCUUCUGGCUUGGAGGUUUCCAUGGAGAAGCUAUGUUUACCUCACUGACUGCACGUGGGGCAGGGAAAGCCAUGUCCAUCAGCUCAGGAGCCAGCCAGAGUCCACCCGGGUGUGGCCAGUGCCAAGAAGGGGAAGGUGUUAGGUUUCACCCACACAGUGAGAAAUGUGUAAGUGAGGACCUGGCCUGACUGAUGGCAGAGCAGACACCGCCCCCCACCACACACACCAAGGCAGCAUCACUUUGGACCAUGGGCUGGCCUGGCCCAGCAUGAAAGGUUCGAGGACCAUCAGUGCUGCUCCGGAAGGCAGUCCAGAAGGUGUGGACUUGAGUUUAGUUGGCCUCCCUCCACCCAUGUCUCAGCGUCCCAGCAGUGCUUCCGCCACCAAGUCCAUUGUCCGCUCUGUGUCUGUGGCCACGGGCACUGAGCCCAGAAAAAAGGCGUUGGAGGCCGCUGGGCCUGGGGGCUCCCGGGCUAUCAACAAUCUUCGAAGAUCUAACAGCACUACACAGGUCAACCAGUCAUGGACCAGCUCCCCCAGGCCAGCAGAUCCCAGCGACUUCCUGAUGCUCUUUGAAGGUGGCGCCAGUGGGAGAAGGAGGAUGGCCAGUCCUAGCAAGGCGUCCAGUGAGAAGGAAGCCUCUUGGAAUGUCCUGGAUGACCAGCCUAGGGGCUUUGGUCUGCCAGCCAGUGUCCAGAGUCCCAGCACCCUUGACUCUGCCUUGGGCCCACGGAGGAAGGAGUGUGCCCUGGCGCCCAGCUUCACUGUUAACAACAGGAGCAACAAAGGAGCCGUGGGUAACUGUGUCACCACCAUGGUGCACAACCACUAUAGCUCCUUGAAGAAGGCGUCACCUCCCAAGAGCUCCAACCAGACAGCCCCCUCCCUCAACAAUAUCAUCAAGGCCGCAGCUCACGAGAGCACCGAGGGCAGUGACUUUGGGAAGCCUCGGAAGAACUUCUCUGGUGGCAGUCACUCCACCCGAGGCGCCACCAGCCUGCUGAGGCGGAAGGAAGUUACUGAGGAGGAAGCUGAGAGGUUUAUCCACCAGGUAAACCAGGCGGCAGUCACCAUCCAGCGCUGGUACCGCCGCCAGGUACAGAGACGCCAAGCAGGAGCGGCAAGCCUCGAACACCUGCUGGCGUCCAAGCGAGAGGGGCAGAGGCAACGGCUGGGUAGGGGGAACCUUCUGGACCUGCACCGGCAGGAGGAGACAGCAAGGAAGAAGGCCCGGGAGGAGAAGGCUCGCCGGGCCAGGCAGGCAGCCAUUCAGGAACUGCAACAGAAACGAGCCCAGAAGGCAAGCGAGGCUGAGCACAGGCCACCUAAGGACAGACCGGAGACCAGAGCACCAGGACAGCCUCGACCCAUGCAGGAGCCGCCCCUGGUGCCAGGCAGUGUUACCCACCCGGCCCUCAAGGCCAACAAUGCUAAUGUCAGCGUCUACCCUACAGGCCCAGGAGACCCCUGCCCUCCUGCCUCUGAGUCAUUCCCACAGCCCCAGCAGCCUCCAGAGGACAAACCACAGGCCAUCCAUUCCCAGGAUGCAGCAAGAGAGGACUUGGAAGUGUUGGGCACUGCUAGGGGCAAGGCCAGGGCCAGGGCAACCCUGGAUGAGCUGCUAGACACACUGAGGAUACUGGAGGAGGAGCCUGAGCCGCUGCCCCGCCCCAGGACCUAUCACAAAGACAGAUACGCCUGGACAGAUGAGCCUCCAAUGCUGGGCCGCCUGCAGGAGGAUGACACCAACUCCCUGACAGCCGACAACCUGGAGAAGUUUGGGAAACUGAGUGCACCCCCAGGUCCACCCGAUGACGGCACCCUGCUCUCAGAGGCAAAACUGCAAAGCAUCAUGAACUUCUUGGAUGAGAUGGAGAGGUCGGCACAGGACCAGCCGGCGCCCCAUCGGGAGAGCCUGGUGCUGGAGGCGGGCCCAAGGCUCCUGGAGCUGGGUUCUGAGAGGAGUGCGUCCAUGAUGCGGCUGAAGUUGGAGGUGGAGGAGAAGAAGCAGGCCAUGGUUCUCCUUCAGAGAGCUCUGGCGCAGCAGCGGGACCUCACCAUUCGACGUGUCAAGGAGACAGAGAAGGAGCUGAGCCGGCAGCUGCGACAGCAGAAGGAGCACUAUGAGGCCACCAUCCAACGGCACUUGUCCUUUAUUGACCAGCUGAUUGAAGACAAGAAGAUUCUGAGUGAGAAGUGCGAGGCAGUGGUAGCUGAGCUGAAGCAUGGGGACCAGCGGUGUCAGGAGCGCGUGGCCCAGAUGCAGGAGCAGCACGAGCUGGAGAUUAAGAAACUCAAAGAACUCAUGAGUGCCACUGAGAAAAUCCGCCGUGAGAAGUGGAUCAAUGAGAAAACAAAAAAGAUCAAAGAAAUCACAGUCAGAGGUCUGGAGCCGGAGAUCCAGAAACUCAUUGCCAAACACAAGCAAGAGGUGAGGAGGCUCAGGGGCCUGCACGAGGCUGAGCUGCAGCAGCGUGAGGAGCAGGCCGCACAGCGCCACCUGCGCCAGGAAGAAGAGCUGCGGGAACACCUAGAGCGCGAGAAGGAGGCGCUGGCCAGGCAGGAGCGUGAACGCGCCCAGCAGAGGUUUGAGCAGCACCUGGAGCAGGAACAUCAGGCCCUGGAGCAGCAGCGGCGGCGACUCUACAAUGAGGUGGCUGAAGAGAAGGAGCGACUGGGCCAGCAGGCAGCCAGGCAGCGGGCAGAGCUGGAGGAGAGCAGCGCGACUCUGACUCAAACCCUGAGAGCCGAGUUUGAGAAGAGCCGGGAGGAACAAGAGCAGAGGCAUCAGAUGGAGCUGAAAGCCCUGAAGGACCAGCUGGAAGCUGAGAGACAGGCGUGGGUGGCCAGCUGUGCCAAGAAGGAGGAAGCAUGGAUGCUGAACAGGGAACGGGAACUGAAGGAAGAGAUCCGAAAAGGCCGAGACCAGGAGAUCGAGCUGGUCAUCCAUCGACUGGAGGCCGACAUGGCACUGGUCAAGGAGGAGAGCGAGAGGGCGGCCGAGAGCCGCGUGAAGCGUGUGCGGGACAAGUAUGAACUGGAGCUCUCCGAGCUGGAGCAGUCAGAGCGGAAGCUCCAGGAGCGGUGCACAGAGCUGAAAGGCCGCCUCGGGGAGGCCGAGGGGGAGAAGGAGCGCCUGCAGUCCCUGGUACGGCAGAAGGAGAAGGAACUGGAAGACGUGAGGGUGGUGAACACACAGAUGUGCGGUGAGAGGGCCAGCCUGGCCCAGGUGGUCCGACAGGAGUUUGCAGACCAACUGGCAGCCUCCCAGGAGGAAAACCAGAGGGUGAAGGCGGAGCUUGCUGAGCUGCAGGCCCGCCAGCAGAUGGAGCUAGAUGAGGUGCAUCGGAGGGUGAAGACGGCUCUCGCCAAGAAGGAGGAGGCCGUGAACAGUCUCCGGAAACAGCACGAGGCCGCUGUGAAACGGGCAGACCACCUAGAGGAGCUUCUGGAGCAACACAGACGGCCAUCUUUGAAUGCUAAGUGACAUCACCCUUAGGAUGAAAAACCAAGCCUGAAGCAGAUGCUCAGCGCUGCAGCUGGUGUCCAGGUUCCAUCCCAAGACACAGGGCUAAGGGUAGGAUAGCAGCCGGUGUGAGAGGCACCCCUCAUGGAACCCCAGUGCUCAGGACAUUACUGUCAGCAUGCCUGCAGGUGUUUUAUAGUAAAAUAAGUUAGCCUCAUUGUUUUUUAAAAAUGUUUUGUGUCACCUGCCUGUCCUUCUCUGCUGUGUUGGGCUUGGGGAGGUGAGACCACAGAGAGUCCCAUUUCAUGGCCAUGGACUAUCUCCCACUCUUGCCUCUCCCUCUUCCCACUGUCCAAGCUGACAGGGACGUGACCUGUAGCCAGCCACUCUGCUCUCAGCGCCAGUCCCCGUAGGCAGUGGCCAUUUGUUCCCACCUUGGCCUCUUCAGAAUAUAGUGGACUCACCUCCUGGAAGGAACGGCGUCUCUAGCCCAGUCCAGAAACCUCAGCUUCUUCUUUUUUUUAAUGCUUAUUUAUUCAUUUAAAAAGUU